AUUUCUGCUCGGCUUAAAAUUUUUAAAUGCGACUGUUUUUAAAUUUAAAGGAAUAUAUAAAGACUUCCAUUAGUGAUAGUUAUUAAAAUAGAGUUAACUUUACAAAAUUCGCACUGCCAAUAGCGAAAGCGUAUGUGUGUGGAGCCUCUCAGCAAGUAAAGGCGUGGUACCAUCAUCUCCCUUGACCAAUACAAAAACUCGGUGCAAAGGGAAUGUAGGAGUGUGAUCCUUCAACAGCCUGUAGUGGUUGGUAAAGUUAUUAACUAUAUAUGUAUCUAACGCAGGAGUUUCAAAACGCGUGUGCUGUGGUCUUAUUUCUUAUUCUUGUGGUCUUAUUCCCAAAAAACGCAAUCGGAAAAGUACGUGAAAAAGCGAAAAUGUGUCUCCGCCAGCGAUAACGGUACUUUAAUGCGCUCUCUCUUGGCAAAAGAUGAGCCGACAGCCGCACCUAUGUAUAAAAGUGGGCGUUAGGUGUGCGUUCGCAGAUAAAAAACAAUUUGCUUGUUUGAAAGUGUGCAGCCUCCUUUGAUUGUUUAAACAAAUUCUAGGAUAAAUAAAAAUAAAUACUGUUCAAAUACCAAUACACACCUAUAUAUACAGGCACGCACUCUCACACACAAGCACACUAACGCAUGACAUAAAGACAGAGAGAGAAAAAAGAAAGAAAGGAACAAGAAGCUCCAAACAAGCAGCAUCGGCGCGUUGGAGAGAUAUGCGGGCAGAGAAGAUUGAAAAUAAACGUGUAGUAGAGAAUUUUUGAGACACACACACACACACACAUCCGCCCACCCACACACGUUCUCUCAUUCCUCUCACUCACUCUCUCUCUCUGUCAUUUGCUCCAUCCUUCUCUCUCGCUACUAUCCCGUUUGCCGCCCACUUACAAACCUACACAACCACCCACUCACACACAUACUCUUGUACAUAUAUAUGUAUGCGCGAAGAGUGUAAGCUUUGUUGUUUCUGCUGCUGCUACUGCUGCUCUUGUUAGCCGCCGCCACGGUGGAGGCUGGCCUGGCUGCUUCUGCUGAAGCGCAAAUGGCAGACCCUCUGAGCGGGCGCUGCUUGUGAGAAUGUCGUAAUGGCCAGAGAGGAGUCUCGCGGCAAGAGACCACUGAAAAUCUGGGACAGUUGGCGGAAUGUGCGUAAAGGCGUUGUAGUUGGAACAUUCGAGGAGCUCUUGGUGCGCGGCAAGGACAAGUUGGGGGUUCCUGCUUCAGAACCAGUGCGCGUUGUUCUGGAGUGCGAUGGAACCCAAAUCGAGGAUGGCGAAUACUUUCGCACCCUGGCCAACAAUACGGUCUUGUUGCUGUUAAGGCAGGGCGAACGCUGGUAUCCAACUGGAGUGGAUGUCAUAAAGGCUGCCAUAUCAGCUAUACCGAAAAUCGUCUGUGAGACGAUCCAUGCACUGGAACUGCAUGAUGAGACACCAUCGUGGAAGAUUAUGGAUAACAAAGGGCGUGUCACGGUCGUCUUGCACUGGGAUCAGCGGCAGGGAGGGGGCAGUGGUGGAGGCGGCGGUGGGGGCGGCGUUUGCGGCGGCAACAUAUGCUCCGGCCUGGGGAGCAGCAACGGGCUGCUUUCCUCCGACAAGUACUCGCCCUCGAAGAAGGGCCUCUCCGCACAGAGUUCGCUGGACAACAAGUCGGUGUCGUCGCAGUCCUCGCAGCCGCGCUACGCCAGCCCCCAAAUAACGGUGAUCAGCGACGAGGGUCCGGCGAGUAUAUACCAUCCCGGCGGAGUGGUCCUGCCGCCAGGAGUUGUGAUACCCGGCGGCAGCAGGCGCUUGUCCAAGCAGGGCAGCUCCUUCGACAGCACCGUGGGUGUGGGGGCCGUGCACGUUCACACGCCGGAGUGCGCCCACCACGCCCAUACGCCAAGCAGGGCCGGCAGCCCCAGCACCACGGAAUGCGACUUCCACUGCUGCGCUCUGCACGAGGAGGGGCGGAAGAUAGCCGUGCACAAGAGCGUGGCCACGUCGCCCAUCCAGGUCGGGAGCAGCAGUCCCCAGCCGGCAGCGACGCUGGCCAUGUCAUCAUCGGUUAUGGAUCCUAUGCUGGGCGGCAGCGGCAGUAUGCGGCGCUCCUCGGGCACCAAGGGUCACGUUCGUUUCCUGGACAUUGCCCCAGAGCGGGACAGCUCCGAGAGCGAGACGGAGAACACUGUGAUGGAGGACGACAAGACGACGACCGAGAAAUUUCUGCUGCUGAUCGAUCAGUUAUCGGUGGACCAGAAGCGCCAUCUCAGCAUCAAGGAUAUCGGCAUCAUCCUGGAGCGCCUCAACUCUAAGAUACUCGAUGUGGAGCGUCUGGAUCGCGAGUCCGAAUCGGAUGACUGCUACAACUGGACGAUAAAGGCAACAAUACGCGGCGAUGCGCUCCGCGAACUGGGCGUCAUCUACAAUGGCAACUACUACGCCAUUUCUGAGCAUCCCGGCUACAAGGAGGAGCUGGAGGAGAACGGCGAGGAGGUCGAGGAAGAGGACGAGGAGGAUAGAAUUUAAACGCAACCAGAUACGGGCAAACGCAAACGCAAACCCAUUCAUAGCCACUAAAGAAUAAACACAUUUGCAGAUAGAUAAUGCUCAGAGAGGUAUCAAUAAACUAGCGCAUUUUACAAAUGAAAAACGAAAAUAAUUGGAAAACGGGAGGCUACAUCUUACACAGACAGACAGACACACACACAAAUGCAUACAGCCAUAUACAUAUAUAUAAAACUUAAUAUGAGAAUAUAAUAAUGCAAGUCGCACAUUGUACGAUAGUGAAGUAAGCAUAACAAAAGUCAGUUCAGUCCCAAAAAUCCACACACGAAACCAGAGAAAGACAAAGACAACACCCCCCCAUGAAACGCAGUUUUUGUAGCACUUAGCGAGAGAAUUCCUCAAGACGGGAAAAGCGAUAUUGAAGCGACUAUCCCAACCAAACAAGAGAACUUGCAUACCUACCAUCAUAGUAACUUCCCCUGAGUCCCAAAAUUCUCACCCACUUUGUUGUUGUUUGUUUUUGUAUAAAAGUCAUGUCAUGUUCCGUGUACCGUAUGCCAAACGAGCCUUAUUUAGUUGGAUAGCCCAUAUACAUGCAUAUAGCCGACUCCGACUCCGACUACGAGCGUCACUUGCAUAAGUCGAAAUCUAAUCUAAAUCACGUGAACUCUAAGUUGCCAAUGAGAAGAUAACAGAGACUAUAAAUUGUUGUUGAGAAGAAAAACGAAAAACAAA